GGUGCUUUUUAAAUCAACUUGUAAUGAAUGUUAUUGUACAUUUAUUUUAAUGAAUUGUGCCAUAAAGGACAUGCAAACACUGCUAAAUAUUUAGCUAUUAACUCUUCUGACUGGCUUCUUCCCUGUACAAUUUCACAUGAGAAUCAAUUUUUUUUUUUUUUAUGUAAUCAUGUAAUUUUUUUAAGUCUUUAACAGUUUCUCUUUAAUUCAGCCACAGCUUCUGUUUUUUUCCAGACAACAUAAACGUGUGUUCAUUUAUGAUAAUAAUGACGUCGUGUAUGUAAUGUGAGAUUAGAGACAACGGCUGCACACACUCACAGCUGCAUAACGUGACAUUGGUGCUGAACUUUUUCCACAAUGUGAAAGUGGUACUUUUUUUUCAAUAAAAUUAGUUAAACGCCUUAAAAUGUAGUUUCAUCCAUAUUAUACUUUUUUUUUUCUUUCAAGCUACUUCAAAAAGUUUGCUGCAUGCUUGCCACCUAUAAAACAACAAUAAAAUGCUAUAAAUAAAAAUAUUGUUUUGUUAAAAUUAAUUAUAGGCUUAAGUUAUUGAUAUACAAAAAUAUAUAUAUUUUAUUAGUAUUGUUAAUGCAGUGUGAGGGUUAUGUAAAAAAUUGUAUUAUUAUUAUUUUAAUAAUGAUAUUUUGAAGUUAUUCGUUGUAUGUAUAAUUAACAGAGUUAAAGAUGGUCAUUAGUUUUGUUGUGUUUUUUUUUUUGUUUGUUUUUGUUUAUUCUGUACUAUAAAAUUGCUCUUAUUCUGUGUGCUAUUAAAAAGUCUUAAAUAUAACUCUUAGAAACCUGCAGAUAUCCAAUUUACAAAUGUUGACCUUAAAGUUAAACAUUUUCUUUCCAUUUGACGUGCAGCAGUAUUAAAUUCCACUAAAACAAUUCCUGACUCUCCCAUCAGUCCUUAAGGACUUGCAGUGGCAUGAUUGAAAUGUUGCUGCUGAGUGAAAAUUAAAAAAUGAAACACCAGAAAUUACAUGACACUCUGGAGAAAACAUUGAAUAGGAUGGUGAUGUAAUGAUAUUAAUCAAUAUCUGAGGUAUAACAUGUAAACUGGGAACAUUAAUGGAACAUUCUAAAACCAACUCUUAUAAACACCUUAAUCAUGUUGUUGUCUUAUUCAGAUUAUGGUAAAUUAUUUGAUUAUGGAUGCCCAUGUAAAUGUAGUCAGUGAUAAAAUUAUUUUUUUUAAAAAGUCCACACUGAUGACCUAGAUAUUCAAAGAGUUUGUAAUGAAUUUGUAAAGUAGGUUUGAGGACAGAAAUUAAGUUUAUUUUUAGAGGUUUAGCGAAUGCGGUUAAUGUUUUUACCCAAAGGACAUACAGUGUAUACAGAGUUCUAGCACAACACAAGGGUUAAAAAUGCAAUUUUUGCACAUUUUCUAAUAAAAUAAAGGCAAAAUAUAUAAAGGCUAGCAUUGCCUACUGAUCCUGACUUUACACAAUGACUAAAAGAAGAUGAGUGCAAAAUUCUUGCUGAUGUCUCUCAGACCUCCUGGCAAGGUGCAAACUUGAAACUAACUUGAGGCUUUGUAUAGUUUGUGUGUGUGUUAAAUUGCAUAUACACUUAUUCAGUAAUUGUCCACUUUACCUCUGCCAGUUAAGGUCACUCUGUAUCCUGGUUAAUGGAAUGUUGAUGACACUGUGGAGAUGGUCUUGUGCGUCACAGGGAUGUUUUAACCAAUUAACAAACAGCUGUUUUGUCAUAGAACACAUUCACUUCUAGUCUGUGUGGAGUAUUUAAAGAAGCUGGAUGUAGAUCGCUGAUGGAUAGAGUUUCAGAACACUCUGUACAAUGAAAAUCCAGGUUUUUCAUCUUUCGUCCACUCUUCAGACCACAGUCUUCUUCUUGUUGGUGCUACUGGUUCAUCCUCCCAGAAGUCUAAUGCUGCCACACCAACCAAUGGUUUACCUGCCUAGGCUGUACAACCCUGAAUGGGAAGCAGCAAUGCUCCGGCUUCAGGCUUCACUAGGGGCUCCAGGUGGCAGACCAGUGGCCGAUCUCCAGCCCUGGGCUUUGUUUCAGGACCUGGGAUCUGAGGAGCUUUUGGAUAGAGUAAAUGAAAUACUAGAAAGGCAACAGAGGGACAUAGUAAAGGGCCAGAAAAGAGAGGAGUUGGAACGGAGACCCAUGGGGACAUUCCCAGACAACCAUAUAAUGCCUUUGCUCUACCCACAGGGCGGUGAGGCUGAAGAAGUAGGUGGAGAGAAACGGAAUGAGGCACUCACUUCCAUUGCAGGAGGUUUGCAAGCCUUCAACAGACAGAAAGGUGGAUUUGGCUUUCGAUUUGGCAGGAAGUAAAGUGGUGGCAGGAGCAUGUAUGUACAUGCUUGUGUGUGUGUGUGUGUGUGUGUGUGUGUGUGUGUAUGUAUGUAUGUGUGUG